AUGGUUUGCUUUUUAUUUUUUUUAAUUAUUUUCUUUGAUUUGAUUAAAUGUGGGUAUAAAGUAGAACAUACUGGAAGUGUUGCUUUGACAAGUCAGUUUAAUAGUAUUGUAGAUAUAAAACUAAUAGGGGAAAAUGGCACAUUUAAUUUAGAAUUAAGUAACCUUAUAAGAUUUCCAGUAUACUGUAUUCCAUUUAGUUGUGUUGACUAUAAUUCUAAGAGUAGCAAAAAGCCAAUAUACUUUAUUAAGCAUGAAUUCAAAAAUUAUGUUUUUUUGUAUAAAAACAAUGUCAAGCUGAUGCCCAUUACAUUUGAUGAUAAAGAUUAUAUUUCUGGAUUAGCAUCGAAUAAUGGUAUUCUUUUAAUGAUAACUGAUAUAGAUAUUUAUAGAAUUUAUACUAAAAAGAAUAAAAUUAAACUUUUAGAUAUUAAAUUGAAUAAAAAUUUUGAAAUUCGCAAAAAUGAUGAGAUGUUCUUUUCUAGUAUAGUGUCAGAUACAAUUGAAAAUCAAUUUUUUAUUGUAUCUUCUAUUAGAGAAAAUUAUUAUGUUUUACAUGUAAAAUAUAAUGAAAAAGAUAAUUAUAUAGAAGUAUUAAAUGCAAUAGAUAGUAUAGAUGGCCAAUCUAUGAAAGUUCUUAAUGGAAUAGCUGUGGUAGAUAAUCGUUUAUAUAUAACUGAAAAUGCAGAAAAUAUUAUUAGAUUCACUCUUGAUAGAGAAAACAAUAGUGCGUUUCCAGAAAAAAUAUUCAGUUAUACUAAUGGAAAUAAAAUAAUUAGCUUAAGCGCUAGUACUCGUUAUGAUCAAGGACUUAAUGAAUAUACAGACUUUUUAAUAGUCAAUUCAAAGAAAAUUUUUUCAGGUAUUCCAUCUUCUGAAAGUUGCUUAGAUUUAUUAAAAAUAAAUAAAAAUAAUCUUGAUAUUUUUAAUAUAGUAGAUUUAUAUAGUAAGGAUAUAAAUUUUUUCUACUUUAAUAUUUAUGAUGCUCACAUAUUUAUUGAUGAUCAAUAUGAGCCAAAGGGAUUAGUAAAUACCUUAAGUGAUAAGGCUAAUUUUUUGAAGUAUAAUAAAAACAAGGAAAAAGAGAUAAAGAAGAAACAAGAAUCCAAUAAAUAUGUAUUAAAGAUAAUUUGGACAAAUGAUUAUAAUUGCACAAUUAAUAAAGGUUUUGUAGAUAUAAGAAAAUAUCAUUUAGAUGAAAAUAAUGAAAAAAAACUACCUUUUAUUCAUAUAACAAAUCAAUAUGCAUUUGCUCCAUAUAUUACAUCUAUAAGUCAUUGUUCAAAAAAAGAUUCAAUUUUUAAAGCUGUUUGUUAUUACGAUACUGUAAAUAAUUACGUGAGUCUUUUAAAUGAACCUACAGAAUAUAAUACUGAAUUUAAAGGAAAUUUUCAUUUUGAUGGAUUUAAAGAUUAUAUAGCAUUUGAUUACAAAUCAAUAUCAGAUGUGCAUAUAAUAACAUAUCCACUUAACAAUACAGUAUAUGUGCAUUUUGAUAAAAAAUAUUUAACAAUUAAUUUACCACAUCCAUUUGGCAUAUCAAUAGAUAAAAGUAAUAGUACUGAUGGAAGAGUUGUAGUAUAUAUAACAGGAAAUGAUGAUAAAAAGAAUUACAUAAAUAAAUGUAUUAUAAAAAAGUUAGAAAAAGAAUAUGAUUGCUAUAAUGUUUACACUAAAAAAAAAGAAUAUAAUGAAUUAUAUCAGCAUAUAUCUUUUAUCACAUAUGAAGUUGAAGGAGAAGAAAUGACACAUAUCUAUGUAUCAAAUAAUAAAAAAACUAUAUAUAGAUUAAAUAAAAAAGAUAAUAAAUGGAUAUUUAGUAUUUGGUUUACGUUAGAUGAUCCAUCACAGCGUAUUGGCCCAAUAUCAACAUCAUUAAAUUAUUUUUUUGUAACAAAAAAAGCACUAAAAAAUUUAAUUGCAACUUAUCCUAAUUCAAAAAUGUUAUUAAAAUUUAAAGAUGCUAAAAAAGGAGAUUUAUAUAUAACUGAUGAUAAACAUAUCUUUUUGACUACAUCGCAUACUGUUAUAUUUUGCACUAAUAAUGAUUCAUAUGGACGUAACAGCGGAUCAAUUAUUCAUUUCUAUGCUUCAAUAUUAAAAGAAAAAUAUUACCAAUCAUUUGGUGUGAAUAAUAUUGUAUUAAAUAUAUCAAAUAAUUCUCAAUUUAAUUAUUAUUUGAAUUAA